UUGGAUAGAUAUAAGUGGCCAUGAGCACUUAUUUUUUCUGGCUUUUUCGGCUUCCAGAAACGUGGCUGCCAUCACUCCCAAUGCCUAUAUGUUCUACCCACUAAUACUGACAAAAUAUAUCAGCAAUUUUAACUUCAGUUCAUCUUCAAAACCUAGUCUUUAGACAUUCUCUAGGAGUGCAUGCGUCUGCCUACUUGGAAAACUAGACAAAUUCGUCGUCUUUCUUCGUAGUUUUGUCCUAUAAAAACCUCAAUCUUAGGAGAGGAGAAAAACUAGGCCUUGUUAUGGAAAUCUUGGGCUUUUUUGUCCUGAUUUUUCAUGUUUCUUUAUCCCUUUUUGUGCUUUCGGCUCAAUGUAGGCUCUAUGACUACUCGAUAUAUAUGCAUCAUCGUGAAUUAUCUCAAAUUUCGAUACCCCCUUCUCCUGCACCUGAACCGGCUACUUCAUCCGAGUCUGCAGCAGUUUUUAAUGUAUUAUCUUAUGGUGCUGUUGGAGAUGGUUUUAUUGAUGAUACACAAGCAUUUAAAAUGGCUUGGGAUGCUGCUUGCCAAAUUGAAUCUGCUAUUUUUCUUGUUCCUAGGCAUUACUCAUUUAUGAUACAAUCAACGAUUUUCGCCGGUCCAUGUAAAAAUGGAUUAAUAUUUCAGAUCGAAGGAAGUGUAAUGCCACCGGAUGGACCUGAUUCGUGGCCUAGAACGUUCAGUAAACGACAAUGGCUCGUUUUCUACAGAAUCAAUGGAAUGUUGAUGCAAGGUGGUGGACUUAUAGAUGGGAGAGGAGAAAACUGGUGGAAUCUUCCCUGCAAACCUCACAAAGGAAUAAAUGGGACAACCCAACCUGGCCCUUGUGACAGCCCAGUUGCUAUAAGGUUCUUUAUGAGCUCCAAUUUGACAGUACAAGGGCUUAAAAUUAAGAACAGUCCCCAAUUCCAUUUCCGGUUCGAUAGCUGCCACGCUGUGCAUGUCGAUUCGCUCUUCAUAAAGUCGCCGUCUGGAAGUCCCAACACUGAUGGAAUUCACAUAGAGAACACCAACGAUGUAAAAAUAUAUAAUUCAAUUAUUUCCAAUGGUGAUGACUGUGUAUCCAUUGGAGCCGGUUCUUAUAAUGUAGAUAUAAGGAAUAUAACUUGUGGUCCUAGUCAUGGGAUAAGCAUUGGCAGCCUAGGCAUUCGCAAUUCACGAGCAUGUGUUUCAAACAUAACGGUGACAGACUCCGUUAUCAAGCAUUCUGAUAAUGGUGUCCGAAUUAAAACAUGGCAAGGUGGAUUCGGAGCUGUAUCUAAAGUCACCUUCAAAAACAUUCACAUGGACACCGUUCGAAACCCCAUCAUCAUAGAUCAAUAUUAUUGCAACACAAAAAGCUGCACUAAUCAAACAUCUGCAGUGUACAUUUCCGACAUAAUUUACGCGAAUAUUAAGGGAACUUAUGAUGUAAGAAGCCCUCCAAUACAUUUAGGUUGUAGUGAUGCAGUUCCAUGUACUAAUCUCACUCUUUCAGAAGUGGAAUUGCUUCCUGCUUUAGGACAGAAAAUUUUGGAUCCAUUUUGUUGGAAUGCAUACGGAGAUCUCAAGAGAGUUACAAUUCCUCCAGUUUUCUGCUUGUUGGAGGGAUUUCCAGAAUCAUUACCAUCAAAUGAUUUUGAUCAAUGUUGAUAUAUGAUCAUGAUUUCAAGAAAAGAAAAAAAAAGAUGUCCAAGUAAAAUUAGACCCAUAUGCUAGACAAACUAUACUUGUAUUACAAUGCAUGUGAAAAAUCUACUACUUGAUCAACGUCAAUUGUUAAUAUAUCACAUCUCCAUAUAUCGAAUAGAUACGUAUAUCUUUA